UCAUCGAGGCCGACCUCUCCCUCCCUCUCCUCCGCGCGACGCCUCGCCCUUUCUUCCUCCUCGUCUCCUUCCCUCGCUUCCACCUCCUUUCAAACCCUAGAACUCGAUUCCCCACUCAAAACCCUAACCCUAGGUCCCCCGCGCCUCCUCCCUUCCGCGUACCCCUCCGCUCCGCGGCGCCCCUCGCGGCUCCCGCGCCCACGCCCCGCCGCGCCCGGCCCUGCAGCUCGGCCCUCGCGGACCUAGGGUUUCGCCCGGUCUCGAGCUGCUCGUUCCUUCUCUGCGUUGGGCGGGCGGGCAGGUUGCUUGGUGAGAGGGUGGGCGUGCGAGGAGGUGGUGGAUGGAGAUGAGAUGAGGCUGCAGCGGCGGGUGGGGUUGUGGGAGCUAUGAGUAGGCUCUCUUUCAGACCGCGGCCGCUCGACAUCCACAAGAGGCUCCCUAUCCUCAAGUCCGUGCGGGAGUUCGAGGAUGAGGAGCCGGGGGUCGCGCCGGUUGCCUCCGCGAGGGCCGGGGUACUGUUGCGCCACUCAGGGACGGAGCUCACUGCGUCUGCGGCGAACAAUGCCACAGAGGGCGAGGGAAAUCAAGCACCCAGUAAGAAAAAUAUCCAAGAAAUACCAACCCCGCAGUUUGAUAUUGUGGACACCUAUGAAAGGGACUAUACUCGUACCUUUGCACAACCGACAUCUUAUAUACGUGGAAGAGGAGCCAGAGCUGAGAUCGGUGAAUUUGUCGAGUAUGACCUGGACAAUGAAGAUGAGGACUGGCUUGAUGACUUUAAUAAUGAGCGGAAGAAUAUAAACCCUGAAAAGCUGGAGGUCCUGCUAUUCAAGUUAGAAAUUUUGGACCACAAGGCUCGUGAAAGAGCAGGAGCCAUAACACCAACUUUCAUAGGACCAGUACCAGUCCUCUUGCAGCUUGAUACUGCUAUGGAGGCUUUGCAGUAUUUGUCUGUCAGGUAUGCAGUUUUCCAAGCUGUAUAUAACUACUGGAAAGAAAAGAGGGAGCGAUGGCAAAAGCCUAUUCUUCGGCGGUUGCAGCCUCCUCCGCCAGUGAAUGAUACAAACCCAUACAAUGUCUUCAGGCCAAGAGAAAAGGCUCAUCGUCUUCAUACAAGAAGGAUGCAAAGACGGGAAAACAAUAUCCAGUCAUUCGAAAAACUCCGCUUGGUGCGACGCAACUUGGAGCAAGCAAAAGCACUAAUGGAUGCUUUGAUUAAGAGGGAGGAGACAAAGCGGGAGGUCAUGGAAUGCCAAGUCAACCUUCAGCGCAUUCAGAUGAAAUAUAAGCAUGAGGCCCAGCUUGUUGAGGAUGGGAUUACUUUGUCUGGCUUCCAGCAAACUUCUAGCAGAUUUGAGUCAAGUGAUGAUGAUUAUGCUGAUUCAGAUGACACCACAACUGAACAGCAAUAUAUACGGCCAGCUGUUUUCCAUCCUCGGUUCCCUGCUAACAAGCUAUCUGUGAUCCCUCCACUCCGUAUAAAGCGUGAAAGGGAACUAAAAAGGAGACCUCAGCAGAAUGGCUGGGUAUUUAAAAGGGACCCCGAGGAGCCAGUAUUCUUAUUCACAAGACCACUUGAUCCAGAGAAAUUGGUCGCGGCAGGUAUCAAGCCACCACCAGAUCCUCCCAUUGAGAAUGGUGCCACAACACCACCAUUUCGAUGUCGAGGUAGGAUUGGACGAGGUGGUCGCAUCAUCUUUGAUCGAUGGAACCCUCUUCUCCGGACACCAAUUGGCCAGGAGACCUCUUAUUAUGUGCCAUACGGUCACAGGCCUCCCUCACCUGAAGGUUGAAGAUAUUAUUCUUUUGCACUUGGUGCUUAUGCUGCUGGCACAGCUAGUGAAUUGUGAAGCCCCCGAGCAAUUGUUUUUCCAUAGGUACCAAGUUGGUCCUUGGACACCAUUUGCACCUGACUCUCAACUCUCGAGAUCAAUGCAUCUGAUGGAAAGGCAAGAAAGCUCCUGGAUGAGCAGCAGCCGCAAUGGAAGCUGAGAAGGUAUGGGCUAUAUCAUGGGCCUAACAUUUCUCAUCAGAUGUGGCUUAGUCAUCUUUUCGCUGCUGUUGUAAAAUUAUUGCAGUGUAGGUGGAAGAGUAGAGCGUUUUUGCCUAAUCUUGGCUUUAGGGUCAGUAUUUAAUAUCAUGCUCUCUGAUUUGAUUAUUCUCUAGGUUUGUUGUGCUCGUGCAUUGCUACGGGUAAAACAAAUUUCCUCCAUAAGCAUGGAAUAUUUGUAACAACGUAGCAAUAGAGGCAUACACUUUGACUUAAACAAUAUUUAUGUUCCAUGUACAUAUCCAAACUACUCAAAUGAAUUAUUGGACA